GAUCUUUAAGAGCCUUGUGGGGUACUCCUGAGGAAGCUGGAGGUGGAAAGAGGGCUCAAAGAGGGGACAGCCCCCUGCCGAGUUCUGCCCUUCAGGGAUGGUGUCUGCAGGGACCCAAAAUCCACCCACUUCUUGUGCUCACUGUCAGGCAGCAAAUUUUGCAUAGAAAACAUUUCUGAUCCCCCAGCCUCGCUCCUGGGCCCUGACCUGGCUGGGGAUGUAGCUCUUUUACACCCCCUCUCUAUACACAUUUUGGGGCGGGUCGGUAAAUCUGAGCCACCCCUAAUCGUAGAGGGAGGCGGGGUAGGGUGUGUCCAGAGCCUGGUAAAAUCCCCAGCGUGAGUUGAGGACAGGGGCGCGAUGGGCGCGCUGGGGGCCCUGUGCGCAGUCGUGCUGCUCUGCGCACUUGCCCUCGGCCUGGGUCAGCGUCCCGUCGCUCUGAGCUGCGCGGCCGGCCGCGUCCUGUGCGGAAAGGGGACGGACACACGCUGCUGCCGCUCGUGUGUUCCAGGGCUGAGAGGAGCCCUGGAGAGGGACGGGGAUCCAGCCCAGCUACCGAGAGGUGGGCUUGUCUCCUGCUUAGCUGGGGAGGUCUGCGAGAAGUGCGACUGCAUCUGUGCCCAACCUGAGUUCCACUGCGGUGAUCCUCAGUGCAAAAGCUGCAAGCACCACCCCUGCAGUCCUGGCCAGGAGGCUCAGCCCCGGGGAUAUAUCAAAUUUGGCUUCGAGUGUGUCGACUGUGCAGCAGGGACCUUCUCUGCGGGCCGCGAGGGCCACUGCAGACCGUGGGCAAACUGCUCCCAGUUUGGGUUUCUUACCAUGUUCCCCGGGAACAAGACCCACAAUGCUGUGUGCAUCCCGGAGCCACUGCCUGCUGGGCAGCGCGGCCAGCUGGCUAUUGUUCUGGCCGUGGUCUCCUGCAUCCUCAUCCUGACUGCGGCCCAGCUCGGCCUGCACAUCUGGCAGCUGAGGAGGCAGCGUGUGUGGCCUCAAGAGACCCAGCUGCUCCUGGAGGCACUGCCACCAGCUGAAGACGCCUGCAGCUGCCAGUUCCCUGAGGAAGAACGAGGGGAGCAGCUGGCAGAGGAGAAAGGCCGGCCAGGGGACCUGUGGGUGUGAGGCCUGGCCAUCACUGGGACAACAAGACCUCGAGCCAGACUCCCCAGGCUGUCACCCAGGCCGAGCCUCUGGUGCAAAAGCUCCACGUCCAGCUCUGGGUCCGGCCCUGCUCCCCACGGCGGUGGAAGUGGGUGUAGGAUGGUGACAGUGACCAGUCCCCUGGACCACAUAGAAGGGCAGCAACCGUAGCUGGGCCCCAAGGGAGAGACAGAUGAGGCUGUAGCUGCCUCCCUCCCUUGCUGGCCCUGCUGAGGUGGAGUCUGUGGGCCCCUCAUCUCCAAGACUGGUGGGCAUACAGUGUCUGACACAGGACCCGACGGCAGGCGGCACUUAAUAAACACUUGUCCAGUGA